AUGUCUUUGCAACCAUCCUCCACCACUGGUCUCUCGUUCAAGGUUCAUCGCCGGCAGCCGGAGCUAGUCACUCCAGCUAAGCCAACGCCACGAGAGCUCAAGCCUCUCUCCGACUUAGACGACCAACAAGGACUUAGAUUUCAAAUUCCGGUUAUCUUUUUCUAUAGACCUAACCUUGCAAGUAACCAUCAUGAUCCCGUCGAAGUGAUCAGGAGAGCUCUUGCGGAGACGUUGGUUUACUAUUACCCGUUCGCUGGUAGGCUCCGCGAGCUUGCGAACCGGAAACUCGCGGUGGACUGUACCGGAGAAGGUGUUCUGUUCAUCGAAGCCGAUGCUCAAGUGACGUUUGCUGAGUUGGAGGAAGCUGAUGCUCUUCUUCCUCCUUUCCCUUUCCUUGAAGAGCUUCUCUUUGAUGUGGAAGGUUCCAGUGCCUUGCUUAACACUCCUCUGCUUCUCGCCCAGGUCACGUGCUUGAGAGGCGGCGGAUUUAUCUUCGCCCUCCGUUUCAACCACACCAUGUGCGAUGGAGCCGGUCUGUCUCUCUUUCUAAGGUCACUGUGCGAGUUGGCGUGUGGACUCCACGCUCCCUCCGUUCCACCGGUUUGGGAUCGACAUUUGCUAACCGCGAGUGUCCUCUCUCGCGUGACGCACACGCACCGCGAGUACGAAGAUCAGUUGGAAACCGAUGAGGUGGCCACCGGAUAUAGUUUGGUUUCUCGGUCUUUCUUUUUCGGUGCGAGAGAGAUCUCCGUCAUAAGGAAACUCCUCCCAACCGAUCUCCACAAUACUACGUAUGAAGCCUUGACGUCGUUUUUGUGGCGUUGUCGUACCGUUGCGUUGAGACCUGAGCCAAACACGGAGAUGAGGCUCACGACCAUCGUCAACUCGCGUUCCAAGCUUAGCAACCCGGCGCUGUCCCCUGGUUACUACGGGAACGUGCAUGUUAUUCCCGUGGCGAUAGCGACAGCUAAAGAUUUGACGGAGAGACCGCUUGAGUUUGCUUUGAGGCUGAUACAAGAGGCCAAGUCGAGCGUGACUGAGGACUACAUCCGAUCGGUGACUGCUCUAAUGGCGACUAGAGGCCGGCCUAUGUUUGUGACGGCAGGGAACUAUAUAAUAUCGGAUUUGAGACAUUUUGAUUUUGGUAAAGUCGAUUUCGGGCCGUGGGGUAAGCCGGUUUACGGUGGAACCGCUAAGGCCGGUAUAGCGUUUUUUCCGGGAGUGAGCUUCUACGUGCCGUUCGAGAACAGAAAAGGUGAGAAUGGAAUCGCUGUGGCGAUUAGCUUGCCAGUGACGGCGAUGGAGAAAUUCGUAGAAGAGGUCGAUGGUGUUUUAAAUGUGCCCUCGGCAAUGUAG